GAGUGGAAACGCUAUUCGGACUUCGAGAAUGAGUUCAUUGAAGCUGCGCAGCAACGAAAAGAGGACACCGUUGAACUAAAUGACUACGUUAUUUACUUCAAAUCCAAUGUGCAAGUGAAUAAGCAGGAUCGAAACAAGCAGAGACCGGUGAAACGUGAAUUAGUCGAAGUUGGAAGCUAUGUCAGAGAAGAAAGAUUCUGCUUCGCAGAGAAACCAGUCAAAUCGUUUUCAACCAACUUCGACUUCCUGCCUCCUAUAAUAAAGAAGUGGCACGACAACAAUGAAGUUAUAGCUGACGAGAAAAACUAUUCUGCAAUUGGUGAACUAGCCGCUGCCGGUAAGCUAGACCAUUUUUCGUCUCCCAACACUCAGUCUUAGAGUCAACGUUUAAUUUUUUAUCUUCUAAGGUAUCCUGAGAGAAGGAAAACUGUUGAAUCAAGAAUUUGAUGCACAACGAAUGGCAGAACUGCUGAGAGGUUGUAUUAAUGAGUGGAGUUUGAAAGAAUGUGCUGUUCGUCUCUAUUCUGUUGAAUCAUUUCUGUACAAACUUAUUAACUCGACUUUGCGAAGUGAGGACUGGAGCAAAGUUGACACUCUCGGCCCAUUCUGUUAUCUGUUGUGGCUGCAUGUAAUAAAUGCCUUUCAUUGGAAUGAACGGAUAGUUUAUCGUGGCGCUACUCUGAACGAUGCGAUGGUGGAAGAGUAUAAGCAGGCCGUUGGUACAUAUAUCAUGUGGCUUGCGUACACGUCAACAUCUCUGGAUCGCCGAGUUGCGGAACAGUUUGGAAAUACACUCUUCAUUAUUAGUCUCGAUCAAGGAUUAGGUAACUUUGUAUCUGGCAUAUCGUCUCUUUCUCAUUAUCCGCACGAGCAAGAAAUGCUGUUAGCAUGCGGACACCGUCUCAAAGUGGAUAAAGUUGAACGUGACUCAAGGAAUGGAAAAUAUUUAAUUCAUCUAUCGGAUCACGGCUGGUCAAUGAAUUAAUAGUAACUGACCGCUCGCUACUCAUUGUAAUAAACCUAGUAUUCAUUUUGCUGUUUCCGAUCUAUCACUCAAAAGGAAGCAUCCAUGAAGGACGGGUGUGGGUGUGAGUGUGACAACAAUAGACACUCAUCCAUACCCAUACCUGUACAUCCACACCUACACCCUCAAAGAAAUAAUUUAUGGCUGUGUUAUGUGAAAAUUUAAAGAAAUCAAAAAUUCUCUUAUUUUGACACUAUAGGACUUUGUUGAAAAAACUUUUGAACAUCAGAAAAAGACAAAGCUUCGAAUUCUAACAAAACAAAUAGUUGUAUUUGUCAAUAUAACUGAGCAUGACAACAUAUAUAUUCAAGUGAACUGUAUUGUAUGGGUUUAGAUGAAGAGAAAGUUCACACCAACACUCUCGACAUUUACAAAAAAAAACAAUUUAAAUCACGGUAAAUUAAAAAGAAUCUAUCGAAUAAAAUAAAUUCAGAUUAACUUAACAAUUGAUAAAAUUUGUGCUUUGAUGGACAAAAAGAAGGAUAUUCAAAAUAUGUCUGUUAUCGUGCAUGCUUAUCAUAGAAAUCGGCACUAAUAGAUUUACUUGUAUAUAAAGUGAGCAUUAAUGUUCAACAAAAAGUUGAUGAAAUGCGUUUAAUAGAUACAUGAAAAGAUGAACGAGAAUGAUCUAUUACAAUUAAAUCAAUAUAUGAUUAAUUCAUUCGUUUUUUGUUUAAUAUUAAAUAUUUUGAAUUUUUAGAGAUAUUUCACAUUAUUAUGAAUUACCUGCUAAAGAUUGAGAAUUUAUUAAACAAGCACAUACAAUAGAUAUAUCUUAUUAUUUAAUUAAUCUUAUUGAUUCACCAAAUCAUACAAGUUUUUCAUGAAAAGUUACUGAUGGUACUCUUGACGUUGUUGAUUGUGUUUCAGGUAUUAUUAAAUUAAAUUUUGGAAAAUAAAAACAAAGAAGUCUUUGUACAAAUUGAAAUUGUUCUUGGUCAACCUAUUGCUGAUCGUAUUAUAUCAAUAUUAUUCAUAUAUAGAAUAAAUCGUAAUUUACUUGAAUUACCAAUUCAACAAGAAGAUCUUUUUCAAACAUUUCAACGUAUUAUUCAAAAAUGUUAA